AUGGUUCAUGGCAGAUCACCAAGCUCGCGCCUUUCUCAAUUUGCACCAUUCUUCUUGCAGUUUCAGCCCUCACAGAUUCGUUUCCCCUACAGACCCAUAUCCAUCUUGUGCUUCUCGAGUUCUGCUACAGCUUCAAACGGAGCCACAGAAUCGACCUACAAGCUCACAACUUUUUCCCACAUUUAUCAAGAAUGCUCGCUGCAGAGAGCCCUAAACCCGGGCAAACAAGCCCAUGCUCGAAUGGUUGUUUCUGGGUUUGUGCCGACGACUUUUGUUUCGAACUGUUUGAUGCAAAUGUAUGUCAGGUGUUGGAACUUGGUCGAUGCGAACAAAGUGUUCGACGGAAUGACUCAGAGAGAUGUGGUUUCUUACAAUGCGGUAAUUUUUGGGUACGCUGGCUGUGGGGAGAUGGGAAUCGCGAGGAAGAUCUUCGAUGAGAUGCCGGUGAGAGAUGUCGUAUCGUGGAACUCGAUUAUUUCGGGGUUCUUGCAGAAUGGAGAGCAUGGGAAGGCAAUGGCUGUUUUCUCUGAAAUGGGAGAUUGCUAUGUGGGUGUUCAGAUUCAUGGGUUAGCAAUCAGGUCGGGGCUCGUUAAUGACGUUUUCACAGGCAGUGCGCUGCUUGAUAUGUAUGGAAAAUGUAAUCGGGUGGAUGAUUCGCUCAGGGUGUUCCGAGAGAUCCCAGAGAAAAACUGGGUUUCAUGGAGUGCCAUGAUUGCUGCUUGCACUCAAAAUGAUAGAUUGUUCAUGGGGUUAGAGCUGUUCAAUGAGAUGCAAAACACUGGAGGAGUAGGGGUUAGUCAGUCAAUCUAUGCCACCAUUUUCAGAUCCUGUGCAGGCCUAUCUGCUUCAGAUCUAGGAGCUCAAUUCCAUUGUCAUGCUAUCAAGACUGAUUUUGGAUCAGACGUGAUAGUGGGAAUUGCAACACUCGAUAUGUAUGCAAAAUCUGGAAGCAUCGGAGAUGCUCAUAAGAUAUUUAACUCUAUGCGAAAGCAUAAUCUACAGUCCUACAAUGCCAUUAUUGUUGGGUAUGCAAGAUGUGGUGAAGGCUUAGAAGCUAUGUUGUUACUUCGAUGCCUGUUGAAGUCCAACUUAGGUUUCGAUGAAAUAACUCUAUCAGGAGCAUUCUGUGGUUGUGCGUCAAUCAAAGAGAAGUUUCUGGGACUGCAAUUGCAUGCACUAACGAUGAAGACUGUUUUUGACACAAAUGUCUGCGUGGUGAAUGCCAUGAUUGACAUGUAUGGUAAAUGUGGAGCUUUAUUUGAAGCUACCUCUGUCUUCAAUGAGAUGAUAUACAGGGAUGCAGUGUCCUGGAAUGCCAUCAUUGCAGCUAAUGAGCAGAAUGGCAGUGAAGAUAACACACUUCCGCUUUUCUCAUUGAUGCUUCGGUUUGGAAUGGACCCUGAUGAAUUCACCUACGGCAGUGUACAUAAAGCAUGUGCAGGCCAGCAAUCUGUAGGCAGCGGCAAGGAAAUCCAUGGAAGAAUCAUCAAAUUCGGAUUGGGUUUGGAGCCAUUCAAUGGGGGUGCUGUUGUUGACAGGUACUGUAAAUGUGGAGCUGUGAAGGAGGCCGAGAAAAUCCACGAUAGAAGUGACCCACAACCGAUGGUUUCAUGGAAUGCGAUUAUUUCAGGAUUCUCAUUGCUACAACAGAGUGAGGAAGCUCAAAGCUUCUUCCUUUACAUGCUAGAAGCCGGUGUAAAGCCUGACAACUUCACAUAUGCUGCAAUUCUUGACACCUGUGCUAACUUAGCUACGGUUGGUUUAGGAAUGCAGAUUCAUGCUCAGGUCAUAAAGCAACAACUGCAGUCCAAUGUGUACAUAUCGAGUACACUGGUGGACAUGUAUUCAAAGUGCGGUAAACUUCAAGAUUCAGAACUUAUGUACGAGAAAGCACCAAAAAAGGACCUUGUGGCAUGGAACAGUCUGAUAUGCGGUUAUUCACAGCAUGGUCUUGGAGAAAAGGCAUUGAUGGUAUUUGAGGAGAAGAGACCUGAGAAAGUGAACCCAAACGGCGCCACUUUUCUUUCAGUUCUUCGAGCGUGUGCACACAAGGGACUUCUCGGUACAGGAAUGUGUUAUUUUCACACUAUGCAAAAGGAGCAUCGUUUGGAACCUGAAAUUGAGCAUUAUUCAUGUAUGGUGGAUCUUUUAGGGAGAUCAGGGAAAACUGAAGAAGCUCUGGGGCUUAUUGAGGGAAUGCCAUUUGAAGCUGAUGCUGUUAUAUGGAGGACUCUGCUCAGCAUUUGCAAGAUAGAUGGGAAUGUGGAAAUUGCGGAGAAGGCUGCAAGUUGUAUUUUGCAGUUAGAGCCGGAUGACUCUUCUGCUUAUAUUCUUCUCUGCAACAUUUAUGCUGAUGCUGGGAUGUGGGGCAAGGUUUCUGAGGCUAGGAGGAUGAUGAAGGCGAAUAGGCUUAAGAAGGAACCAGGUUGCAGCUGGAUUGAGAUUAGAGAUGAAGUGCAUCGAUUUGUCAGUCGAGACCAGUCCCAUCUGAGAUGUGACAACAUAUACAAAAAUCUCAGCCUGCUGGUUGAUGAGAUGAAGUGGACUGGUGACAUGUCAUUUGAGUUCCACUUAUAA